AUGUUCGAUUUCUCAGACACCGAUUCGGGCAUAUCAUAUGAGAGCACUGAAGAUGAAAUAGAAAUCAACACUCCAACUUAUUCAUUAUCCAUAACGGAUCCAAUCGAGGCUGUUAUGAAACCAGAAAAUAUACUAGAAAAUUUUGUAGAAGUUGGCGGAAGACGUUACCUCAACGACGUUACGGUAAAAAAUUACUACUACCUGCCCAGUGACCAGAAAGAAGUAGAAAGAACUUACGACCGAAAUCACAUAGACAAAAUUAUAUGGGGAGGUAACUACUCUGCUCCCGUUUCUGAUAAGUUAUCAUUAGGAGCAAGCGUUCUUGACGUUGGUUGUGGUGCUGGAGCAUGGAUAACAAAUAUGGCGUCGGAAUACCCUGUUUCAGUAUUUGUUGGAAUAGACAUCGCUCCUUUAUUCCCUGAAAAUUAUCCACCAAAUGCGGCAUUUAUUAAAUGUAAUAUCCUGGAUGGUCUACCAUUUCCAGAUAACACAUUUGAUUUUGUUCGACAAGCAUUUGUUAUAAUUUGUAUGAAUUGGCAAUUAUGGAAAGAGAAAGUGGUGGAAGAACUAAUAAGAGUAACUAAACCCGGAGGAUAUAUCGAAAUUAUGGAUACAAAUGGUGCAUUUAUAAAUCCGGGAAUAGUAAGCAAAAAAAUUAACAACUUUUGGGAACGUUUUUAUAAAGCCGGAAUCAAUCGAGCGUCCGGUACAGAUGUAAUAGAAACAUUUAAUGAGUUCAAGGAUAAAGUAAUUGUAGCUCCCAUAGAACUAAGAACACUCUAUUAUGGGAAGAAAGCAGGUAGAGUAGGCGAAGCGUUAUUGAAAAUUAUUUUGGGGGCAUACAGAGCGAUGAAAAUUAUUUUUAUUCAUAUUAUGAGAAUUACAGAAGAAGAAUUCGAACAGAUGUUAAUUGAUUUUGAGAAGGAAUGUAAUGAAAUUAUGCUCAGUAAAACACGAUACCGUGCCAUAAUUCAAAAGCGUAGCGGUUGA